CCAAUUUCUUUCUAACGACCUCUACCAAACCCGCCUACCUACCGCGCCACUAGCCACCAACUCAUUAUUCAUCGUUCCAGAACUGCUCGACUUCCCCAGUUAGCUGCUACCAUUCGCUUCUUCUGAUUCGAAAGAACCUCGAUCAAAUGUCUUCCAUCAAACAUCCCCACGUGAUUACCUGCAAAGCUGCGGUGGCUUGGGGUGCUGGAGAGCCAUUGAUGAUAGAGCAAGUUGAAGUGAGUCCACCCCAACCCAUGGAGAUUAGGAUUAAAGUUGUCUGCACCUCUCUCUGCCGCAGCGAUAUCACAGCUUGGCAGUCCCACGCUAUAUUUCCUCGAAUAUUUGGCCAUGAAGCAUCAGGGGUUGUUGAGAGUGUGGGGGAAGAAGUAACUGAGUUUCAAGAGGGAGACCACGUGCUUACUGUAUUUACUGGAGAAUGCAUGAAAUGUAGACCAUGCAAAUCAGGCAAAAGCAACAUCUGUGAAGCACUUGGUUUGGAAAGGAGAGGUGUAAUGCAUAGUGAUCAUACGACACGCUUCUCGAUAAAUGGGAAGCCCAUCUUUCACUAUUGUGCAGUCUCAAGUUUCAGUGAAUAUACAGUGGUGCAUUCGGGAUGUGCUGUCAAAGUGAGCCCACUUGCACCUCUGGACAAAAUAUGCCUUCUCAGUUGUGGAGUAGCCGCAGGUUUGGGUGCAGCUUGGAAUGUUGCUAAUAUCUCUAAAGGAUCAACAGUGGUGAUUUUUGGACUUGGAACAGUGGGCCUUUCUGUUGCACAGGGUGCCAAACUUCGGGGGGCAUCUCGAAUUAUCGGUGUGGACACUAAUCCGAAGAAGGGUGAAAAAGCAAAGGCUUUUGGUAUAACAGAGUUUCUUGAUCCAAAUCACUCUGAUCAACCUAUUCAACAGGUUAUUAAGCAUAUCACUGGUGGAGGGGCAGACUACUCAUUUGAAUGUAUAGGUGAUACUGGAAUGAUAACUACUGCAUUGCAGUCAUGUUGUGAUGGGUGGGGUAUGACUGUUACUCUUGGCGUACCUAAAGUAAACCCAGAGAUAAAAGCUCAUUAUUCUCUAUUUCUCACUGGAAGAACGUUGAAAGGAUCUCUAUUUGGGGGAUGGAAACCAAAGUCUGAUCUUCCCUCAUUAGUAGACAUGUACGCAAAGAAGGAAAUUCAGCUUGAGGAAUUCAUCACUCAUAAUAUUCCAUUUGAAGAUAUCAACAAAGCUUUUGAUCUCAUGGUAGAAGGUAGUUGUCUGCGUUGUGUUAUUCACAUGAAAUAGAAUUAGAUGUACUAAAUUUGAUUUGACAUAAAUAUUGCUUCUGUAUGUGAGGAUCUGACAUUAAUCUGAGGAUUUUUUUAAUGUAAAAGUGGUGCCUGUGGAGGACUCUGGUUUUGGGGUUCUUGUGCUGCAUGGAACUAUAUGGUUAUGGAAAUAAAUUUCAGUGUAUUUACCUC